AGCGAGCGUAUGCACACCUCAUACGCACCAUUGUUUGCAUAUACAUUUAUAUAUAUAUAUAUAUAUACAUUCAUAUAAAUAUAUACGUACCAUUCAAAUAUAUACAAACGUACUUAUGCAUAUAUACAGAUCCACAUUCGCAUAUUUAACCCGCGUACGCUUCCAAAAUUGCUCGUUUAAAUUUGUGCUCGGAUUAUUAAAUAGUAAAAUAAAAUAACAGUGACAAUUGAAUUUGUUUUUUUUUUUUUUUUAAUUUUUAUUAACUGAUGAUAAUUAUAAUUUGGAUAAAAAGUCAUUACUUAACAUAAUUAAAUUAUAAUUUAAUUAUGAUUAAUAAAGCUAAUGCUCCAGUGGAUAUUAAUAAUGAUAAUAAUAAUAAUAAUAAUAAAUAACUGAAAGUGGGGUGGAGUGAAAAAAAAUGAAAAAAAAAAAUUCAAGUGUGAAUAAAAUUUUUAUUAUUUGAUCUUGAUACUGUACAGAAUUGAUUGGAUAGCAGGAUCUAAAGUCAACGCGACAUCAAAGGACUUUUCAGAGUAGGGACACCGAGGGAGUAAGUCCAAUAUUCGAGUGCUUCACCAGAGUCUUCUCUACACAUCAAAGACACACAUUCUCCGCAUUACCGUUGACGUUCAAGAGUUGUAUCGAUAUUUCUGUGUGUGAUGGGUACACAUUUGGACACAAAGAACCAUCCAAAGUGGCUAAGUGCUAAGCUUUAAUGCUGAAAAAAAAUAUAAAAUAAACGAAAAUAUAUUUUAGCAACGCGUUUUCACAUAAAGUAUUAAAAGCGGUAAACGCAUUUUUAAAUCGCGAGUGAGUCAGUGAGUGAAGUACGCGGUGGGUGAGUGAAGGACACUCUGGAGUGCUGAAGGCCGGGCUAGGGAAAAGAGGAGAGUGUGUGGAAGAACGUUGGGAGCAGACAAGUGAAGAGAUGAGGUACCAUCCGGCCGUCAUCUUCAUUCUUCUGCUUGGCAGCGUACGUGCGCAAGGGGACCCGCGAACAUUUUCGGCUAGGCCUUUCCGAGGAGGACCGCCAAUCCAAAUUAGAGCAGUUCUUGAUGGCGUAGCUAAAUUACCCUGUGACAUUCGUCCGCCUCAUCCAAAUGACUCGGCUAUUUUGGUUGUGUGGUACAAAGCACCCGAUCGUUCAUCAGAAAUCAUGCCAAUUUACAGUUAUGAUAUGCGGAAAAGACUGGAUAAAGCAACACACUGGAAAGACACUGAAUAUUUCAACGAACGCGCGCACUUUGUAACAACCAGUGAACCUGCUACUCUAACUAUAAAACGAGUGGAGACAAAAGAUGAGGGAGAAUAUUUGUGUCGGGUGGAUUUCGUUGCAAGUCCAACGAGAAACUCAAAAAUUCAUCUUAUUGUAAUUAUUCCACCUCACAAGCCUAAUAUUAUCGACGAACAUGGCAAGACUGUAUCUACUAUCGCUGGAACAUACAGAGAAGGUGGUGACAUGCGACUGACUUGUCUCGUCUCCGGAGGUAAUCCGGCGCCUAUCGUAAGAUGGUGGAAAGGCGAAAUGCUUCUUGAGUCUAAGGAUGAACCAGGAGAAUUCCCAGCUUUAAGGAGAAACACUCUGGUCGUGACAAGUCUGACAAGAGCUGACUUGCAUGCUAUUUUCACUUGCCAAGCUUCUAACAACAACAUCAGUCAGCCUGUCUCAGCAUCCGUUGCCAUAGAGAUGUACUUACGACCACUGAGCGUAUCAAUUCUCAGCAGCGAACAUGCGCCACUAAGUGCAGACCGUAAGUACGAAAUAAACUGUAUGACCGUGGGUUCGAGACCACCAGCCAACCUCUCUUGGUACAUGGAAGGCAAGCUCUUAAAGAAAUCGACUCAAAAGGUAAUAGAAAAUGGAAAUAUGACAACAUCAACUUUGUCACUUACACCAACGCGAGAUGAUAACAAUAAGAGUUUAACAUGUAGAGCAGAAAAUCCAAAAGUUGAGGGUGGCUUCGAAGAGGACACUUGGAAACUAAAUGUAUUUUUCAUUCCGAUAAUUCGACUUGAGCUGGGCUCUAAAAUGAAUCCUGACGACAUCGAAGAGGGCGAUGACGUUUAUUUCGAAUGUAAAGUACGAGCUAAUCCAGAAGCCUAUAAAGUUGUGUGGAAACACAAUGGAGUGGAAAUUCAUAAUAACGCUAAGAAAGGUGUUAUCGUACAACAUUAUAGCUUAGCAUUAAGAAAAGUAAAUCGUUUUCAAGCGGGUAAUUACAUGUGUGUCGCUUCAAACGUCGAGGGUGAUGGUUACAGCGAUACCGUCGAGCUCAAAAUAAUGUAUAAACCAAUCUGCAUACCAGAUCAGAAACGAAUCUACGGCGUGGCACGACUAGAAGAGGCGAAGGUUGCCUGCCGAGUGGAAGCUUAUCCACCGCCCAACAACUUUCGCUGGGCAUUCAACAACACUGAGGAAAUGGUAGAUGUGCCGCAGGCACGUUACAGGAAUUCAACCCGUCAUACACAGAGUGUACUCACAUACAAGCCCGUCACUGAAAUGGACUACGGUACGGUCUUGUGUUGGGCAAGCAAUACAGCGGGCCAGCAGAUGAACGCCUGCAUAUUUCACAUCAUACCGGCAGGUAAACCAGAAGCACCGUACAAUUGUACUCUCACGAAUCAAACGACGGACUCAUUGUCUGUUGAGUGUACUGCGGGUUUCGAUGGUGGCCAGCCGCAACAUUUCCUCCUUGAGGUUUACGAUCAGCAUACGGGUGUUCUCCAAGCCAACAUGACUAGUCGAGAGAACGCAUCGUUUACUGUUCUUAACUUGGAGCCGGAUAGGGUCCUAACGAUGAAACUUUAUGCGUAUAACUCUAAAGGCCGAAGUGAAGUCACUAAACUGGAGGGAUUUACGCUGAAAAUUGCCGAAAAACAGACUGUGCGCGUUUUAUUCACAGGUACUCCGGUGCCCUUCGAGAUAACGCCGUUGCUCGGAGUACUUAUUGGACUAGUAGCGGCGCUAUUAAUCAUCACUAUUGGCAUAUUGGGUGCAUUGAAAGUACGCAGCGAUAGACGCGCACACAGACCCGGUGAUUUGCCGUUGAAAAAAGCUACAGCACCCAGUUCGGAAGAUCUUUAUGAUACUGACGAUCGUAAUCCAGAUGUUGUUCCAACGAAUAAAGAUUCAGAUUACCAAUUAACUGGCUCAACAGCUGGUACACCAUUAGCUGCUCAACCAACGCCUGAUGAAAUUUCUACUACUUCACUACCCAUACAACAGACAAAUCAUCUGCAAAGCCUUAAUACUUAUUCGCAUAACGAUUAUACUAAUUAUCCGACUUUACCGUUAUCAGGUGAAGUGACGUAUGCAGAAUUAUGCCUAGCUCGACCAACGACCCUAUCAACAGCCGUAGAAUCAAAACUUAGUUGUUUAAGUGAUAGUAUAACGGGUAUCGGUGGAUUCGGGGGUAGCAACGGAAGUGGAGUCGGUAGCGGCGGCGGAGUAUUAGUCGGCGGUAAGCCUUACAUAAAAGAAGCAACGGUAUACGCGUGUAUAGAUCACAACGCGCGACCGCCUAAAAUAGAUCAAAUUUGUCAGCCAAAUAAAAUAAACCAAACCAACACCCCGCUGCUGCAGGACACCAACAGUAGUAUUACGACAAUGGGCAACAAGCAUCAUCAUCACCCUCGUGAAGUUGUUACCGUACGUACGCCACUUAUUUCAACUCAAGAGAGUUGCGUAUAGGGGCGCGAAUCCGACGCGCUCGACAUAAACGAGUAUUACGUCUAAUCGUAGCGACGUCGAUGUGAUUAUUAUUUUUUUAUUUUUUAGUAGCUUAUUAGUUUAUAAGAAAACAAAAAAAAUUGGUCUUCUUAAUCAAUAAUAAAAGAGAAAAUAAUUGAUUGAUUGAUAAACAAAUAUAUAUAGUUGACGAACAAACAGUAAUUUAAUAUAAAAUUACGACAGGACCGGUAUGCAAUAUUUAUGAUACUUUGUUCAGCAAUUACAUAUCGAUCGGUAAUAUAUAAUGUAUUUUUUUACACAUACAAAUAUCAUUGAUUUAACAUUUAUUAAAAUUAUUUUUAUUUUACUUUACUGUUAUUUUCCUCGGAUUUAUUUUUUUAAUUUUAAAUUUCUAGAUAAAAAUAAAUUUUAAAUGAAACAAUAAAAUUAUUCUAAAGUUUUGUUACGACAACAAAAAAAUAUAUAUAAAUUAAAUUUAAAAAUAAAGACUUUGUCAUGACAGGUAAGAUGAGACUGCUUUUAUGAAUGCGUUCUAUAAUAAUUAUUAUAACAUAAUUAAAUAAAAAAUAAUUAAUUAAUAAAUUUAAUGUAAAUACUAACGAAGCGGUUUUAAAAAAAAAACUGCGCUAAAUGCGACCGGUUCGCAUUUGUAAAUUUUUAUGUAAAUAUUGAUAAUAAAAAUAAACUUAAAAAAAAUUGAUUGACACUUUAAAAUGACUAAUCUCGCUCAAUAAUGAGAUUAUGAUAAUGAGUAUAAAUUAACUGACUAAUAAUAAAAUUACAGAGGAAAAUAAAAAACGUAAAGCUCAUUUUAAAUUUAGUGAAUUGAAUGACAAAUGAGGUGUCAGAAAAAUUCAGUGAAUUAGAAAUUUAAAAAAAAUUAAUGAUUAACGGGUUAAUCCGUUACUUUGACUGUAAAAUAGUUUUUAUGUACAGUAAUGAUAUUUUUUCAGAGUAUAAUUCAAUAAGUAAUUAAUUAAGAGAGAGAGGGAGAGAUAAAAGUAGAUAGAAUAUUACGUUAUUGAAAUAAAUAAUUAACAACCGAAAGAAUGUUAAAAUAUAUAAAUAUAUAUAAUUAUUUAAUUAAUUAAUAAUUAAUAGUUAUAAAUAUGUAAACGUAAAGUGUAAUAAAUAAAAAUAUGUAUGUUAUAUUAUUAUUGAGAUAACUUGAUAACAUGGUACGAUUCUGUUUCAGUGUGUCUGAAUAAAGUGAGAGUUGAAUUUUAAAAACUAAUAAAAUAAACGAUUAUUUCAAAAUUUUUUUUACUAUUAAUAAAUUAUAGAGGUGUGCGAAUAGGAUUUGAAUCGAAUCGAAUCGAAUAGUGACAUUCGAUUUGAUUCGUAUAGAGAAAAAAAUAAACUAUAUAAAUUGAGAAACGACAAGUAAUAUAAUGAUCAAGUGAUCAGUAAAUACCAAUAUUCUAAAUAUUAAUUCUUUAAUUUAUAAUUAAAACGUAAAUAAUUCUAGAGUAAGUAUUAAAAUUUCUUAUCUAUGAAAAAAAAAUUAAUAUUUUAACUUCAAAAAUCGAUGUACCUGAAGAUCGGAACGUUUUUUUCAGAACGAAAAUAAAAAAACAAAAUGAAAUUUUAAAAAAUCUACUGGAUCUAGAUUUUUGAAAUGUUUCGCAUAGGCACUCGUACAUCAGCCGAAAAUUGCAGUCUACCCCCAACUACCCCUUAAGCAGUCAAAUUACAUAGCUUUCAUUUUUGUUGCGCGAAAAACGUUCUGAUCUGCAGGUACAUAAAAAUCGUAACUUAAACAUGAAAAAUUUAUGACAUAGAUUAUAAAAUUGAUCGGUUGGAAUGUUAAAAUUUCCUGUAUUGACACCGAGGUUUCGAGUUUAAGUUUCAAACACUAAUUUUUAUAAUUUAUUUUUUUCUGUGUAUCAAAUAAUUCGAACAAUUCAAAUAUUUGCACACCCCUAAAAAAUUAGAAUUUCUUUUAUUAUUUUGUGAUAAUUUAGCAUUUAUAUUACACUAAAUUUUACACGCAGGCCUAGUUGAAAAUAAAAAAUCGAUUGAGUGAAAAAAUAAUAAAAUUAAUCCUAAAUUGAUGCAAAAGUCAACAAAAAAAAGUUGGCACAAUUUUUAAUGGCAUUUGCAGCACGCGCAUUUUUUAACGAUCACGACUUUUCGACUCUUGUGCAAUAAACACAGCUCAAUAUUUCUCUCGCAUUUUUAAAAUAUUUUUUUUUUACACGCUAUAGUUUUAUUUUCAGAUUCAUUGAAUAUUGCCAACGCGUAGUACUGCUCUACACGUCAAUUGACAUACCCUUCCCAGCUUGCUACGCACGUUUACCUGACCUAUAUUCAUCAUCCCUAUUUUAUAUAAUUUUAACUCCCUUCUAAAAUGUAUACUCAGUUUAUCUAAACUUCAACUAUUAUUAUUACUCACUCAACAUUUGUAUUACGUUCAGUUAUUUUACAAUUUUGUUAAAAUUCGUUUUAAUAAAAAAAAAAAAUCAAAAUAUUUUUGUUGCGAGUAGGUGUAAAUGGAAAUAAAAAUGAUAAACAUUGAUUCCAAGUUUAUAAAUAAUUGUUGAACUAAACCAUUGAAUUGAAUAAACAAAAAGUAAUUUUUAUCGUAAUAAAUUUCUUCCAAUAACAAUAAAAAAGUUCCAUAAAUAAUUAAUACGAAUAAAAAAGUAAUUGCAUUGAUUUCUUUUUGUUAUCAUAAGUGAUCAAAAUUUAAUAGAAUAAAUAUACUUUUAUUGGCAUUAGGAAUGACAAAGUGACCAGGUUUAUGUGGUAAGAAAUGUUGAGAGGGUGUGUCUAACCCUUGUCAUGCGUCCCCGUGUAUAACAAAUAAUAUAUAUAUAUAUAUAUAUAUAUAUAUAUAUAUACAGAGUUGAAGGGAAAGUGCUGUCAACUUUAUUUAUCACAGGAUAAUAUACUUUCUUACCGUGUAUAUUGAGUUAUAGCCUCAAGACUGAUUCUCCACAUAAACUCUUUGAUAUAGAAAAAAAAUACAACAAUCCUUUUUUGCUUGUCAUACUUGCGUGAUUUUUUUUUAUUUUUCGGCAAUUUAUUUUUUAUCUUUUUUUAAAGAGAGGGAGUCUGAAGAACGCGUACGCCUGUGUUUGUAUUUUUACCAGUAAAAUAUGUACGCUGAGAGAGACUAGACAAAAAUGUGUGCGUGUGUGUAUGUGUGUGUUGUUGUUAAAAGAGUUAUGUAACAAGAAAAAUAUUCAUAAGGAAUUCAUAACAUUGUAUAUGGGAUUUUAAAUGUCUUUCUUGUUGGUUUACAUACACCUGUGACAACAUUUGUGAAUAUAGAAUAUUGUUUAUGAAUUUUCGAAACCAUAAAAGAGAAAAAUAAAUAUCAUAAUUCGUUUUACUCGUAUGAACUGAGACUGAGCUCCCGUCUUGCGGUGGCUCUUUAUGAAACAUUAUAAUAUUUAUGCAUUUAUAUUUAAAAUGCAUAUAUGUAUAAAAAAUGAAUAAUUAAAAUUGCGUGGAUGAAAAAUUAUGAUAAUUAAAAUAUUGGUAUUUAGUGCUGAGUGUUGAUAGGUAAAACAUAUUAAAAAGACCAUAACAUGUACGUACAUUAAUAUAAAUAUUAAUUACAAUAAUAAUAAUAACGAUUAUUAUGUAUAUAUCAAUGUGUAUAUAUAAUUUAAAAGUAAAAAUAAUGUAUAUGCAGAUAAAUUGAGUGAGUUAAAGCAGGUUGAUUAUUUGAAAAUAUUGUACGUAAUUACAGCGUAAUCCAAAUGAAUGUGUUAAUA